AUGAGCUCAGAGAUUCGAUUGGAAGAGGAUGAGAAGAUUCGGAAGAAGAUGGGAAGAAAAUCGGACGAUUUCGAGCUCAAUGCGAAGAAGAUCGGAAGAUAUCGAGCUCGAUCGGAAGAUAUCGAGCUCGAUCGGAACAGAGAUUUCGAGCUGAGAGAGAUUGAGUUUGGUUUUUUUUUGGCUAUAUUGGUAAUCAACCCCAAAGUUUCCACCUCAAAUUUAACCGGCUUUCAAGAUCCAACCAUGAGCAGCCUAAGAUUACACGGGAUCCGUAGGGGAAGUUCGAGUUCUGCCAUACGUCGUUUGGAAGCAGAGGAUGACAUCAUCAUGGUCCCUGACUUUGACUAUUCAGACCUAGAUGAAAAGUUCAAAUUAACUCUGGUUGGUAGGAUGUUCGACAGAGAAGGGAGAAGUAUUGAUGCCCUCUUAUCCCAAAUGCCGAAACCCCGAAUCUGGGAUGUUGAAGGGCGCGUAACUAGAUCAAACCUUGGCAAAAGGAAAUUUCAGUUCGAUUUUGCGAGAGACGAAGAUCUGGAAAAUGUUAUGUUUAAACAUUCCUCCCAUUUUAACAAAUGGAGGUUCUCCCUAGAACGAUGGGAGUAA